AUGGCCGAAGAAGGCAUAGCCGUCGCUGCCAUUGAGCCGGAGUUUCCAAAGUCCUUCGAGGACCUGCAAUAUGUGGCGAUAUCCAGUGUCUCCGAGAGUACAGAUCUACAGUCUUCGUACGUCACGGGAGUCGUGUCAUUGUUUUGGCCGUAUUCGUCUUCUAGUCAUGAAUUCUCGGUUCUGCUUUCUGAUAGCGAUAUUUUGGAGCGGAUAAAUAAGGGUGAAAUGAAGCUUACGUUCCGAGGGAAGAGCUUGGGAAAAAAUCUUGAGAAACAGUUGCAGAUUGGAAAUACUGUCAAAAUUGCGCUAAGGGCGGCGAAGGUGUACAGAAAUGAAGAUGCCAAUAAGAGUGAUGCGGAUUCUGAUUGGGGUUGUGUUUGGGAGAACUCGGUUAUGCUACAGGUGAAUGAUUCAGAAAUUACCGUUGCUACCGCAGAUCCCGAGAUGGAUCUAGCCGAUUCGACCCUUUUAUCGAUCUCUCCAGACUUACAAGACGAGCCUGAUCCAGACGAGUCAGAUUCCAACCAUGAGUCCAUGGAACCCGAGAUAAUCAAUUCAAAUAGAUCAUCUAUGACUCCAGCGAAACGACCAGCUGAAUCGCUCGCAGAUGCCUCGAACACGUGGUUUACCCCACCAAUAGUACUUAGGCGGCCUCUGGAACCUGCUCCGGACGAUUCUUUCACUUCCGGUGCCAUGUUUGAGUUCGAGGACGAGCUUUCUGGACCUCUUCCAAAGAGAUCGAAACACAGCAGAAGCUCUUCUGAUUACGUGUUUGACGAUGGGUCCAACUUAGCUGCCAGUGAAAGAGAACUGCAAGAUUCAGUUUGGCCUAAUGAGAGCGUGUCACCCACUGCUCCGGCGCCUGAAACUAUUGGAGAACCCACAAUCGGAGAUGCGCCAUCUCAGUCGCCCACUAAUUUCUUUGGCUCAGCAGCUGCAUCUGAAGCGGCUCAUUCGGUCGAUGUGAACAACACUCACCUGCCGGCCGGGCCACCUGAUACCAAGCUGCUGCGUGAUGAAAAUGAGCUAUAUAGAGAUCUCAUGCGCAGAAAAUCGAAUGCGGUUGAGAUCGCCAGUCAUGCUGCACAGCAACCGACGAGAGAGGCAGCUGGGAUCAUAGACGAUGUCAGCGUUGCGACCCAGGUUGGAAGCUUCGCGGAUGCCGAGUCUUCGUUGGGCAACAACAUCGAAGACCAGAGAGAUCGAGAAACCGAUAACUUGAUGGCCGCCCAGUCAAACCUUUACAACGAAAUCUUGCGAGAGAAGAUCUCCAACUCGUCCUCAAAAACAGGAGUCGAAAGCUCAGCUGUUACCCAGCUCGGCAGUGCCGAUGAGAGUCGCGAUCAAUUGGGCGAUUAUGCGUCGGCUGGAACACUGGCGUUUGAAUCGGCAGCGAUGCCAUCUACUGAGAUUUCCAGAGAUCCUGAGCAUGCACUGGAACAGGUGGAAAGUACUGUUUUGCCCGAGGAAGAGGAAGCCCCUCAUAUUGCUAUUGAAUCCAGCAUAGAGCCGGAUGACAACGAAAACAUGCUUGCUUUCCCUUCCGAAGAUGUGACUCCCUUGGCUUCAGCCAUGAUUUCACAGUCGGAGCCUGCUGAUGUCCAGAUGUCGGGUGUCGCUGGGCCGGCUCCGGCUUUUAACUUGGAAGGCAAUGACCAGAGAAAACCUCUUGAAGCUAUAUAUCCAUCUGGAUUCAAUCAGUCUCAAAUUUCUGCCGCCACCGAUUCACAGCCGUCGCUUGCGACCACUCAGGCAAUUGACUCGCAGCAGGAGUCGUCUAUUCAUCAUGUGGAAUUGGAAGAAGUCCCAGAUGAAACCAACAUCCCGGAAAGACCUGGUAACGAUGAGCUCGAUUCUUUUGACGUCCAACAAACUGGAUCUAGCGGAGCAAAUCAUCCUGAUGUUGUUGAGGUUCGUCAUGAAGAUGGGGCCCCCGCUGAUAUCUCGAUGAAUACCCCACUGGUCGAGAUUGUACAUACUCCAGCGGUCAAUGAUGACAUGGAUGAUGAUGAGCUUGAUCCUUCACUGUUUCCCUCGAUUGAUCCUGCGCAUGAGUCCGAUAUAGCUGAAGCAUAUGAUGAGGACGACGGCCCUUUGAUUGAGGCCCCGCCCGAUGAUGAGACUAGCGCAUCGCUCAGGCCGACAGAAGAGAUGGUCAUCAUCAUCGAUCAGAAGUUGGUGGUAUAUGCCGAUGAUUCUGACGAUCACUCUGAUACAGUUGGGGUAGUUAUUGAAGUAUUUGACGAAGAGGAGAGUGCGAUAGCAAAUACACCCCUUGUCGAGAUUGUACACAGUCCGAGUCUCGAUUUUGAAGAAGAUGAUCUUGAGAUUGAUCCGUCGCUAUUUCCUUUGAUUGAACCGGCAGAUGAUGCAGACAUCGUCAUUGAAUAUGACGAGGACGAUGGGCCUUUGAUCGAGAUGCCUGUCGACGAUGUUUUGAGCUACGUGCCUCUUGAAACGGAAUUCGUUAUUAUUAUUGAUCGGGAGUCAGUGGUAUAUGUUGAAUCUGAGGAAGUUCUUGAUACAACUGUACUAGUCGAUGAGCGUGUCUCUAUCAGCACGAGCCAGCUUCUCGUUAACGAUAAUGAACAACUUUCUGUCUCGUUCGGUGGGGCACCGGCCGAGAGUCUACAGGAGGAAGCGGAUUCACCCGAGAAUUUCGCGACUCAGCUUCCUGGGUCUGAGCCAGAUACGCAAGAGUUCCAGGCGGGCGACAUGGUUGUCGAAGUUAAUUCUGAAUACGUGGAAAUCGACUCAACUCGGAUCGUCGAUGAUGCUGAUUCUGGUGGUAUGGAAAACCUAUCGGCUAUGCAGAGUAUAGAAAAGACUUUGGAGUUUUUGGAUGAAGAAUCAAGACAGCUAUCAGGAACAGCCAAGAAGUAUGAACAGGGCUCAACUUCCUAUGAUCAGUCGGUCAACUUCACCCAAGUGUCUGAGACGCGCAUGGAAAUAAGCCAACCCGAGCCGUCCGACAACGUCGAGAUUCUGGCCAGUUCUUCAUACGAGGUUAUUGAGCGGCUUAUUUCAGAGAAUGAUAGUCAGCAGAUUGACGAGACGCCUCCAGAGAAGUCUGCGAAGAACAGUGAGGUCUCGACAUUCACAAUCGCAGAAGAAUCUGUUCGGGCGUUAUCUCAGCCAGAUAAUUUGAGUAGGGAAGAAUCGCAAGACAGGAUGGAUGUUGAUGAGGUUGAGUCCGACGCUGAGUAUGCGUCUCAGAGAGCAUACUCCUCAGAACCAGAGUCCGACACUGAGAAGAUGAAUUGGUCUCCGGCAGUUCCAGAGGAGCAAAGCGUGCAGGUAGAAUCAUCUGACUCGGAGAAAUCUGAGGAGAUUGAGGUGUCUGUAACGACACAUAUCGUUGAAAGUAGCGUGGUGUCUUCUCAAACAGGGGCCGGGCCUGAGAGCGCUGUCUUGAUUGUUGACGAAGAAGAGGAUGUUGAGGUUGUCGAGUCUGACAAAGCCGAGGAAGAAGAGCACGGCGAUGACGAAGCUGGCGAUGUCGCUCCCGAACUGGCUGAGAACGCAGAAAGAAGCCAAAACCCUAAGGAGUUGGAAAUCUCCAAGGCUAAUGCAGCCUCAAUUGAAAUCUUGGAUGUGGAGGGAAGUGAGGUAUCGGACGAAGAGGAGAUCAGUGAUACCGCUCCGGAGUGGGCUGAGGCUGAACGGAUUUUGCUACAGAGGAAGAAAGCAGGUGGUACUGCUGUCACUGCAGACGAGCAAUUGACCCAAGAGAAGACGGAACAGGUCUCUAUUAGCUCUCAAGCCGUUGAGGCAGUUUUGGCUGAUGAGGAGACUGGUGAACAGGAAGACGAGGAUAUUGAUGACAACGCGCCAGAGUGGGCGGAGGCCGAAAGGAUUAUCCACGGCCAAAGCAAGACAGACGAGAAGACUGGUGACAAUGACAAUGAAUCAGAAGUUGAGGUCGAUACUGAAGACGAGAUUGAUGACAACGCGCCAGAGUGGGCAGAGGCUGAAAGGAUUAUCCACGGCCAAAGCAAGACAGACGAGAAGACUGGUGACGAUGACAAUGAAUCAGAAGUUGAGGUCGAUACUGAAGACGAGAUUGAUGACAACGCGCCAGAGUGGGCGGAGGCCGAAAGAAUUAUUCAUGGCCAAAGCAAGACAGACAAGAAGACUGGUGACGAUGACAAUGAACCAGAAGUUGAGGAGGAGAGUGAGGACGAGAUUGAUGACAACGCUCCAGAGUGGGCUGAGGCCGAGAGGAUUAUCCUCGGUCAAAGCAAAGAGGUACCACUCGUUCUAACUGAAUCCAGCGAGACUUCACGAACAGAUACAGCCAAAGCUUCAUCUGUUGAAGAAACACAAGAUGAAGAUGAUGACAGCGAAAGUCUGGUAUCGGAAAACGACGAAGAUCCAGAAGUGGCUCGUCUUCGGGAUCUGGAGAAGCAAGUCAUUGCCGCCAGUCAAGUGAUAACUGACAAAGACGACGAUUCGGCUGAGAAGGAAGCAGAGGACGAAGAUGAGGAUGAGGAAAUGAUCGACGAUAAGGAAGAAAAACGUCUUCUAGACUUGGAGAAGUUGGCCGAAGCUGCGACGAACGCCGAGGAUGAUGAAGAAUCGACGGACGAGAAUUCGAAUGAUGGUGAAUUUGCAACGGAUUACCGAUCUUACACUCAACUUUCCGAACUGCGCGUUGGAUAUUCCUUCCACAUCAUCGCUGUGAUCACCGGCGUAUCUUUGCCAACCCCAUCCGAAUAUUCUGAUGAUGAAGAUAGCUCUUCAAAGCUGACGCUUAAACUCAUGGACUCGUCAAUAUUGGGCGAACCGAAAGCAGCUGCUCAGGUUGUCAUUCACGGCCGUCAUCGAAGUGGGGAGAUCAAUGUUGGUGAUGUCAUAAUACUUCAGAACUUCAAGUGUUCUCUCUUCAAAGGAAUCGAGACCCUUGUGGUGAGGACUACAUCUUCCUGGGUAGUCCUCAGUUUUCCCGGCAACAAGUCCCCGAUCGUCAUCUACUCAAACAGGCCUCUCGAGUAUGGACCUCAAGAAAUCGAGUACGCAAAGAAGGCGAAACAGGCUUUUGAUGAAGCAGUCACGAGUUAG